CUUUUAGUCAAGUAUGAUAAUUGAGUACUUUUUCCAACGCUGGGGCCUUUAUGAAACGACAAACGGUAGGCUGGCUGUAAGAAAUACACUUUUUCCAAUUCAGAAUGAAAACAGACAAACGGAGGCGGUCUGUAAACUGACGCUAGAGGGCGAUAUUUGACAGCCGCUGCUACUGAUUCUACCACAACAGGGAGCCGGAAGAAGUGAGUGCCAGAGAUACUCUGGCAGUGCUAGACAACACAUAAAAUCAGAACCCACUUUUCUUAACUUGUUCUGUCAGCAAACUAAACCAAUAUUAUAGCCCAGCGGUUUACUCGCAGCGAGUCAACAUCAAGAUUAGUGUAUAUACGAGCUGGACAUGCCUAUGUAUGUAGCUAGCUGCUGAACUGCACGCAGUCUAUAUAGCUAGCUAGCUAAGUUAGCGUAAUUACUAUCUCCAAAACAAACAGGGUGUGCUGUGCAGUGGACAUUGGCAGCAGCAGACUGGGAGUUCUAGCUACUAUUGCAAGCUAGCCAGUUUAUCCAUACACGUUAUUAUUGGUGCCUAUUUUGAAUUUCCUGUCUUAUGAGGCUAUUGACAACCCUAAGUUAACUAAAUAUACACCAAAUUUAGUAGCCAGCAGCUAUGGCCAGCACCAGCAUGGCUUCUGCAGCUGUAACAGGAGACAAACCCUCAGGUUCGGGUUCUAAGAAGAAGAAUGAAAAGAAGUUGGCUUCCAAAGAGGAGUCCAGAUUCCUGUCCAGUAUCAUGGGCGUCAUGAACAACCUAAGGAAACAGGGUACCCUAUGUGAUGUGAUCUUGGUGGUUCAGGGGAAACAUAUUCCUGCUCACAGAGUGGUCUUAGCUGCAGCCAGCCACUUCUUCAGCCUCAUGUUUACUACCAGCAUGAUGGAGUCUACCAGUCACGAGGUGGAGUUGAGGAGUGCUGAGCCUGAGAUCAUAGAACUGUUGGUGGAGUUUGUCUACACCGCUCGUAUCUCAGUGAACAGCAGUAAUGUCCAGUCUUUGCUGGAUGCAGCCAACCAGUACCAGAUAGAACCUGUGAAGAAGAUGUGUGUUGACUUCCUAAAAGAGCAAGUUGAUGCAACCAACUGUCUGGGCAUCUCUGCUCUAGCGGAGUGUUUGGACUGUCCAGAAUUGAAGCUGUCAGCGGAUGACUUCAUCCAUCAACACUUCACUGAGGUCUAUAAAUUGGAUGAAUUCCUCCAACUGAACGUCACCCAGCUCACACAGCUACUGCACCAAGACACACUCACUGUCCGGGCCGAGGACCAGAUCUAUGAGUCUGCGGUGCGGUGGCUGAAGUAUGAUGUGUGUAACAGACAGAGUCACAUGGUGGAGGUGUUGGGCUGUGUUCGCUUCCCUCUGGUGUCCAAAGCCUUCCUCUCUAAGACCGUCCAGGCUGAACCCCUCAUACAGGACAACCCAGAGUGUCUUAAGAUGGUCAUCAGUGGGAUGCGGUACCACCUGUUGUGUCCAGAGGAUCGUGAGGAGUUGGGAGAGAACAGUCGCCCGCGACGUAAGAAACACGACUACAGGAUUGCUCUGUUUGGAGGCUCGCAACCACAGUCCUGCAGAUACUUCAACCCUAAGGACUACAGCUGGUCAGACAUUCGUUGUCCGUUUGAGAAGCGGCGUGAUGCCACGGCGGUGUUCUGGGAUAAUGUUGUUUACAUCCUGGGAGGAUCUCAGCUGUUCCCCAUCAAGAGGAUGGACUGUUACAACGUGCUGAAGGACAGCUGGUACUCCAAACUAGGCCCCCCUACACCACGGGACAGUCUGGCUGCUUGCGCCUCUCAGGGCAAGAUCUAUACCUCUGGAGGGUCGGAAGUAGGCAGCUCAGCGUUGAACCUGUUUGAGUGUUAUGACACGCGGUGUGAGUCAUGGCAGACCAAAGCCAGUAUGUUGAUGCCUCGCUGUAGCCACGGCAGCGUGGAGGCCAAUGGGCUCAUCUACGUCUGCGGAGGGUCCCUAGGCAACAACGUCUCUGGGAGGGUCCUCAGCAACUGUGAGGUCUAUGACUCCGUUAAGGAAGAAUGGAGGGAGCUGAGUGGGAUGAGGGAAGCCAGGAAGAACCACGGUCUGGUGUUUGUCAACAACAGAAUCUACGCUGUGGGAGGAAUGAACGGACUGGGUGGGCUGGACUCGGUGGAGUACUAUGACAUCGCCAGGAAUGAGUGGCACGUUGCCGCGGCAAUGCCGUGGCGUGGGAUGAACGUGAGGUGUGCUGCAGUCAGCGGAGUGAUUUACGUACUGGCAGGUUUCCAGGGGGUCGGACGACUAGGACACAUCCUGGAGUACCACACUGACACUGACAGGUGGGUGACAUGCAGUAAGGUGAGAGCGUUCCCCGUCACCAGCUGUCUGAUCUGUGUGGUGGACACCUGUGGAGCCAAGGAAGAGGAGACCGUGUCAACACACACUCACACAGUACCCCCAUCAUCAUCCACAGCAUAACCCAGGGUCUUUAAAAUGUUUUAUCUGUUGUGCUUUUAUUUGGAGGACGAGAGCUGGUCAGUGUGGUAUGAAACUGCUGUAGUGAAUCAUGUUGAAGCUUCAUAUUGACAGAAAUCAUAGAGAACACACUCUUUGAGGCGAGGGAAAGUACUAACAUGAAAGUCACUCAGUGAUGAUUGUCUUCAGACAGAAGCUCAUUGUUAAAGCGACAGAUGAACGACUGAUCUAAGAGCUCUCAGCCUCAACAAACAUGUUUUUUAUCAGACCUGGGUCAAGUACUUGAAAGUAGAUAGCACUUUUGGAACUAAUCCAUUGGUUGUAUUUUACCGUGUAAAUGAAAUCAAGUGCAGCUCAAGAAUUUGAAAAUAUGAUUCUAUACUAUGCAUUUUAUGCUAUUGUGUGUAUUUAAUUGUACUGUUUUAUAUUGUACUGUAAUGAAAUGAUGUAAUGUCUGAGGUUAUAGAAGAAACAUUAGCAUUUUUACUACUGUAUGUAUGUGAUGACUGUUAACAUGAAAUUGAAAAUAAACAGAAAGCUGGAACUGAA